CUGCUGGGAAGAAAGGUCAGGAAUCGCUGGCAGUAGAAGACGAGGAUUUGCUGCUUGAAGAAAGAUUAUCGCUAUGAGCAGCUAACGAACAGUAAUGACCGAACCUUAAAAGAAACCUGUACGGCUGUGGCUGUGACACAGAAAGAAAGUCACAAGAAGCUGGUUUUCGUGUGAUUUCUGACCCCGCCGUCUCUCUGACUGGCGAACAGCCGCAUUGUUAUUGUUUUCGCUUCAUCUGGCGGCCGCAUAAACACUACUCUCCCCCGGCUGAGGCAGGGGUCCGGACUGCCUGAGUGAUGUGUUUCUGUCCGACCCGGGAAGAUGGAUGAGAAAUCCAACGGCAGCGGCGGCCACCACCGGCUGCUGAUCGUUCUGCUCAUGGUGUUGCUCUUCGGCGUCAUCAUGAUCCAGUACGUGUGUCCGAGUAGGUCCGAGUGCCAGAUGCUCCACCAGCUGGGGUCCUGGUUUAACGGUGCAACUGGUUCCCGGGGCGGCGGCGGUGAAAUCCAGGACGGGCUUCAAAAGGAUCCGUACAUCGCAGAAGACGGCGCUCUGGCUCGCUUUGUCCCUCGCUUCAACUUCACCAAAGCGGACCUGAAUCGCGUGGUAGACUUCAACAUCAAGGGGGAUGAUGUGAUCGUGUUUCUGCACAUCCAGAAGACCGGUGGCACCACUUUUGGUCGACACCUGGUGCGGAAUAUUCAGCUGGAGAGGCCCUGCGAGUGCCACGCAGGUCAGAAGAAGUGUACCUGUUUCCGGCCAGGUAAGAAGGAAACCUGGCUCUUCUCCCGGUUCUCCACCGGCUGGAGCUGCGGGCUUCAUGCGGACUGGACGGAGUUGACCAGCUGUGUCCCGUCACGGAUGGACUCCCGAGAGGCUCCCAAGAACCUGCCCAGUAGGAACUAUUAUUACAUAACCAUCCUACGAGACCCAGUGUCACGCUACCUGAGCGAGUGGCGUCACGUGCAGCGUGGUGCUACAUGGAAGGCUUCUUUACAUGUGUGUGAUGGACGCUCACCAACACUGUCAGAGCUGCCAAGCUGCUACUCAGGAGACGACUGGUCGGGUUGUUCGCUGCAGGAGUUCAUGGACUGCCCCUACAACCUGGCUAACAACCGGCAGACUCGCAUGCUGGCUGACCUCAGCCUGGUGGGCUGCUACAACGUCUCUGCCAUGAGUGAGGAGGAGCGCUGGGCAGUACUUCUGGAGAGCGCCAAACGCAACUUGCGAGGCAUGGCCUUCUAUGGACUGACCGAGUAUCAGCGUAAGACCCAGUAUCUGUUUGAGCGAACCUUUAAUUUGGAGUUCAUUGCACCGUUCACACAGCUCAAUGGCACACGUGCCUCCAGUGUUGAGGUUCCUCCGGAGACGCAACACAGAAUUCGGCAACUAAACCGAUGGGACGUGGAGCUGUAUGAGUAUGCCCGUGACCUUUUCCUGCAGCGAUUCCAGGUGGCGAGGCAGCAGGAGCGCAGGCAGGCCAGGGAGAGGCGACAACAGGAGAGGAGGCGACUCCGUGGAAGGCUCGCAACAAAGCAAGGAAGACAGCCGAAGCCCACAGAAACACUGCGUUUGACCAACAGUCAUCCUGCUGUAACCGAGGAGCAGCAGAGGGAGAAGGCAGCUGAAGACAGCGUGGAGUCAGAAGUGCUACUUCCAGACUGGUGGGAUCUGGAUGAGAAUAGCACCAUGGACGACUACAUAGACAAUGUAGAACAGUGGUAGUGACGGGAAUCAACUGUAGGGUGUCUUAAUACUAAGUGUGCCAAGUUCUGCCUUGUCUGUUUUCAUCAAGUAUUUUUAGUAUAUGCCUUCCACCUUUUUUUUCACCAUGAACUGUUUUAAAUGACACAUUAAUUUAUUGAUACUGAUUGUAUUUCUUUGCCACAACUGACAUUAAUAAUGGGUGCAUUUUCUUGACAGACACAAAGACAAGUCUAGCUACCUGGAAUCCUGUACCUUUUGAUGACACUAGCCUUUUACCUGGACGUUCAGCACAUCUGAACUCUUGUAAUGUAGCUUGAAACAACGGGGGAUUUAUUUUAAAUUUUACAAAAAAAAUACAAUGUAAUGUGUUUUUUAUUUAAAAAAUCUACUAUUUGUGAAUAACAAUCUAUAUGUUUGCCAAAUUGUUGUCUUGUAUGAAAUGUGUACAUUCUGAAAUGUACCUGUUUUAAGUGUCUUUUCGGUAACAGUUAAGGAGAAUGGAGUUUUCAUAGAUACCUCAAUGUGUAGCAUUAACUGCUAAUGUUUGAAAAACUACCGAAUGUGUCUGUUUUUAUAUAAAAUUGCUUUUACAUUUA